UUAACACUCCCCACUGCUCACUGGAGAGAGAGAGAGAGAGAGUAAGGUCUCUGAAAAGAUCUGGGGAAGAGGGGGUUUGUGGCUUUGAUGCUUCUACUCGUAAGUACGCUUGCCUCAGAUUCUCUCUGCUAUUGAUUCGGCCACACGCAUAGUUUGGAGUCUUUUGAAGCUUUUAAUUUGAUUGGGGAUUUUGUGAGUACGCUCUGGAUCGGCGUUUCUGUCGGCUGGUUUUGUGAUCCAAUCUUUGCCGUUGAAGGCUUCAAUGAUCAUUUGAGGUAGCAGUUGAUGCUCGAUUCGGCUGCUCAUGGCUGGUGAGACGGUGCAACCCUUUAGCCUCAGUUUUCAGGCUGAUUCUUUACACACUGGUUCUAUUUCAUUUGGGAGGUUUGAAAGUGAAUCCUUAUCUUGGGAAAGAAGGUCAUCCUUUUCACACAAUAGGUAUCUUGAAGAGGUUGAAAAAUGUUCCAAACCUGGUUCAGUUACUGAGAAGAAGGCUUAUUUUGAAGCUCAUUUUAAAAAAAAGGCUCUUCUGCUCCAGAGUUCAUAUGGGUGCCAUAAUGGGACAGAGUAUAAAACUUGUGAAAAUAACGACUACGAUAACACAGAAGAAAUGGGAUAUGAUAAUAAUGAAAGUAAUGAUUUUGUUCAUUUUGAUGAGAGUCCAGAUGGUUCAAAUUACCAUGGAGAGUCUCAAGAAAUGAAAUUUGAAUAUCAAGAACAUGCAAGCAGCCCGUCAUAUAACACAGAUUACAGAGAAGUUGGGAAUGGUGAAGACAGCCAUUUUGCUUACUUCGAUGAGAGUGCUGGUGGUUCAGAUUGUCAUGGAGAGUGCUGUGACAUGAAAGUGGAAGGAGAGGAUAUGGAAACGUCAUAUGCUGAAUCUCAGGUGGAACCAGCUUCCACUGAUGUUGAUUGUGUGGUAGACUGUGUUUUUAGAAGUCUCAAUCCUGGAGAAGCAGAUCAAAUCAACACUGGUGGUGAUGAAUUACACUUAGUCCAUGUUGAACAAGAUGUAGAUGUGCAAAAGAACCUUAACAAGGAAAUAGUAAAUGGUGAUGAAUUGUUGAUAGGCAUAGAUCUAUCCUUGAAGAGUCGAGAAGCAGAGAAAGAUGAUAAUCUUUGUUCAGAGCAUCAGCAAAAUCCUUCUCCUAAGUUGAAGGCUUCGCCAGAAAUGAAGCUUACAAAGUCCAGUUUGAAGUCUCAGGAUAAAUUUACUAUGAUUCACAAAGACUUGUCUUGUGAAGUAUCUAAAGACUCGGCAAAGAUUCUCAGUAGAAGGGAAGAAAGGAAUUUAAGGACCAAAGCCAAGAAGCAGUCAUCACAAAAUUCUAUCUCUACUACUCGCCCUACACACAGAACACUAAAAGCAGAGGAAUCUGAAAGAUCAAAGUCAAAAUUAUGUCAUGAUAAUACGAGUGAAAAAGAGUUGAGGGCAAAGAAAGUAAUUGCUCCUCAACCUUCAACACCAGCAAAAUUCGAAUCCAGGGACUAUCAAACCACAAACAGGAUGAAGCGAACUGUGAACUCAACUAACCAGCAAAUCAGGCGGAGUUCAGCAACUUUCAAAUUUAAAAGUGAAGAACGGGCAGAGAAGAGAAAAGAGUUCUAUAUGAAGUUGGAGAAGAAAAUGCAUGCUAAGGAGACUGAGAUGAACCAGAUCCAAGCUAGAACACAGGAGAAAACAGAAGCUGAGAUUAAACAAUUUCGAAGAAGCCUCAACUUUAAAGCAAAUCCCAUGCCUUCAUUCUACCACGAAAAUGUAGUUCAGCGAUCAGAAAACAAAAAGGCUUUUUCUGCAAACAACAAAUCCGCUAAAUUGCAAAGCAAGUCGUCCACUCUGGGGAAUAAGUCUGCAGGCAGCACUCCACGUUCAAAGGUGAGAAACGACCGAGCUGUUUACGCCAAUGAGUCUGUAAACAGAAAUGAUCCACCUCAAGCUUCAGGAUCAACCACCUGUUCUUCUGCCGAGUCUCCUGAAACCAGUGCAAUCUCUCCAACUCCAACCAACAGAAGCUGUCGCCAUCAAGAUGGUGCAAAAAGUAGGGCUGCGAAGAAGAAAGAGCGAGAGAAAAAUGACACUUGUUCCCUGAAACAUGGAACCCCUGAGGCUAGUAAGGCGACCAAAGGUAAGCAAACAGAAGGAAAGAAGAAAGUAGGAACCAUGGGAUAUACCAACUCAACAGUGAGGAAGGAUAUGAAAAAACGCAUGAGCUUUGGUGGUGAUCUGGGAAUGGGGCAUAUUGCAGUUGGUGUGGCCUCCUGAGCAAGUAUUUGCCCAGCCUUCAGGCCCUAGGGCAUUCUGUCCAUGCACUGGUGAUUAGUUCGCAUCUUAACCUCCUUGCAAUUUGAAUAGAAGCACCACGUGGUUAGCGCUGCCAUAUCAUCUGUGUGGGAUCUCGCUACCAAUUGCAAGGUGGUGAAGUUGUGGGUGAUGACGGAUCAUUGCAAUUGAUCAUCAAGGUUAUAAUUCAAGUCCACUAUUACCAUAUAUGCAGAGCAUGUUAUUUAAUCAUUAGUAGGUAUACAAAAUAAUAGUGGUUGUCUUAGGAAUACUCUUUGAAACUGUCUUGUGUCAACCAUAUUCAUGGAAUACUCGAAAAGAACUUCUGAAUGAUUAUCAGGUUAACAGCUCUCAAGCCGUGGGAGAUGUAUGUUUUGUAUUAAAACCGCAAUUUAUUUUAGAAGCAACAUUGUUAGGUUAUAAAUGGGUAAAUGGGCAUUUCAUUUACA